AUGGGGACUAACUUAUCUAAAGAACAGGCCUUUAUUAAGGACCUUAAGAGUAGCCUUAGAGAAAGAGGAGUUAAAAUUAAGAAAAAGGAUCUUGUUCGGUUUUUCCUUUUCAUUGAUGAUGUCUGUCCCUGGUUCAUUGUCAACGGCCCUGAAAUCCACCCUUCUAAGUGGCAAAAGGUGGGACGGGAUCUUAGUAACAAGUUGAAAACCGAAGGGCCUGAAUCCGUACCCAUUCAUGUUCUUUCCUAUUGGAAUCUGAUCAAUGACAUUGUAGAAUGUGCCUCCCUUGACGGGAGUACACGACAGUUACUCAUUUCUGCAGAGUCCUGUCUCCACCCUUUGUCCCGUGCGGCAUCCACCCAGUCUCUCCAAAAAACAGGGAAGCCGUCUUCACGACCUCCGUCAGGGAUCAUUGAGAUCCCUUCCAUCACACCCAAGUCUAUCUACCCCCCACUUCCCAAAGAAGGGACUCCCCCCGUAGAAAGCAAUCUCACAUACCCCGACUUCCCCGCCGCCGAGCCUAAACUCCCUGUGAAAAAAGAAAGUGAAACUCAGGAUGCCCUUAGCACCUCAGACGUUGCUGAAUUAGAAAGCGAGGCCGCAGGGUAUAUUCCAUCUCCUCACAGCUUGCCCUUUCUUACCGCCCCGAUACUUAACCCCCCUGUCGCCCCGGUCAUUGACCUCACUACAGUUAAGCAAGAUUUAACUGAAAAAGUAAAAAACCUCCGAGAAGUUCUAGACUUACAAACUCAAUAUCUACAAAUGACGAACGAACUCUCGGCAUUACAACAAUCUUUACAAAGAACUCUCUCCCUCCCUGUGUCAGGGUAUCAGAGACAAUUACCCAAAGCAGUGAGACCCUUGAAGAAUGGGAAAAACCCCCCCUCACUCACAAAAAUUAAAAACCCCGCUCCUGCACAGCUCGCCUUCCCUGAGUUAAGAAGCCAGAAAACCUUAGUGGCACCAAAGGAGACAGAGGAGGAAGGUGGGGAUGAAGGGGAGAUGGAAGCUUCAGGGGAAGAAGGAGUAACAGAAGGUAGUGACCAUGAUAGUGAAGCAGAAAUUGACGUAGGGGAAGGUGGUAAAUUUAAAAGCACAAAGUUCAAAAGCAUAAAAGAUUUACAUUCAGCAGUGAAAGCUUAUGGCCCUAAUGCCCCUUUCACCUUGUCUGCUCUUGAAGCAAUCGGACAAGGAGGAUGCGAAGCGGCUCAAAAAAACCUCAAAACCGCUUCCACAAAGUCACGGACAUUUGAUAAGAUAGCGGGCCAAGGCAAAUAUGCUGCCGAAUCUAAACAACGGCACCUGCCCUUAGGACUUCUGGCACAAACGGCUGCUGCCGCUACCAGCACUUGGAGGGCUCUCCCUACAACAGGGUCACCCUUCGCGCCCCUAAAUAAAGUCUUGCAAGGAAACCAAGAAGACUUUUCUGAAUUUGUUAGUAGAUUGCUUGAAACUGCUGAACGGACAUUGGGAGCGGAAGCAGCCAAUGAUCAGAUUGUUAAGAGAUUGGCCUAUGAGAAGGCUAAUGCACCCUGCUGA